AGCAGUUCUUUCGUCAUGGCUACCACGCGGGAGCCUGCGUUCCUCAUCCUCUCGCCGGAGUCUUCGUAAAUAUUCGCCCCUGCGGGGGUCCCUAGCUCCUGCCCCGACGUGACUGUCUCGGGCCAGUCCCGUCAUGUGCGGUUGCUGCCGCGGGUGCAUCCACAGGUGCAAGACUACGACAAAAUCCAUCGCAGAUGUGGACUAUGUUCCGGGCAUCGAGAGAGGCCGCGAGACCUUUACGGACCGGUUCCUGUAUUGGCGCGGCACCCACCUUUUGCUUUGCCUUGGCUGCUGGGUGGUAGCUGGCAUCCUGGAACUGAUAGACGCCGCCCUCGGCAUGAAGACCAUGAUGGAUGGGAUUCCAGAGGAUCUGAAACAAGUCAUGGGACGCAUGGUUCUCGCUCAGCAGAUCGCAGAAUUUGCUGGAGUGGGCGUAUCAUUGAUCGCGCUCUACUAUUGUUUCGAGAGCUACCAGCACUCGCGACCAGUUCAAUUCGGGCACAGCGUUACGCUGUUACGGAGGUCUUGGGUGAUCAAUUUUGGUUUCCCAUUUGUUAUUUACUUGGGUUUCCCGUUUGCCUUACUAUUCAACAAGACUCUGAUGGAUCAGAAGAUUUGCACCACGGCCUUGGCCAGCUACGUCCGCAGCGGGCCUUACGCGAGGGACGCGCUUGUGAUGGCGGCCAAUCACGCCGGAGAUGGCGAGCUGGCCCAAGUGGGAACGGCGGCACCCCCGCGACAUGAGACUGAGCUGGAGGGCUGGCAGGGCGCGGCCUGGUGCACCCGGCGCGACUGGUCCGUGCUGCUCUUCGGGACCCCGCCGUCCAUGCCGAUGGCCCUUGGCUUCGAAGUUCCGUCGCAAGGCAUCCUCCCGACGGCCGUGCACUACAUGGAGGGCCUCACCGACUCCCGGUGCACAGAAGCACCCUCGGCCCCCCUGGCGAUGCUGGAGGCCGCGUCUCUGCCCGGGGUCGACGGCGGCGCCGCCGCCGGGGCCGCCGGGGCCGCGGGUACGGCGAACCCCGGCCUGGAGCGACACGGCGUCGGGCCUGGAGCGACGGCGGGCUGGGCCGUCGGCGCCGACGGUUCGUUGGACGCCAGGCCCCCAGGCGGGGACGCCGGCCGCGCUGGCGAAGCCAGCCGCCCUGCCCGCCGCGGCCGAGCCGCGGCGCUGCUGCGCAGGGAGUCGGGCGGUGCCGCAGCGGCGGCGCCGCUCCGCGCGUCCGGCCUGGCGGAGGAACAAUCCGCCGGGGAGCGCCCGGAGAAGCGGAGCAAGGCCGAGGAAGACCCCGCCGAGGAAGACCCCGCCGGGGAGCCCCCGAAGGAGUCGAGCAAGACGAGCAAGGCCCUCAAGACUGCGGUUUGCACCGCCGCCCGGACCACCGGUGCGAACAGGGAAGGCGUGCCGCAGAAACUGCCCCAGGAGAGGGGGCUGGGACAUCUGGGCCGCGGAUGAAUCACAGAGGGGCGAGGCACCGACACCAGUACACUUGCGUCGUUUUAACCCUUUCGGGCCGCGGGGGGGGGCUUCUCGUCGCCACGGCCGGUUUCGCUUCGAAACUAUGGUUGAAUUGGGCGUGUCCCUCUACAGGAGGAAUAUCCAAAAUAGUC